AUGUUGUUGUUGGCAGUUACGUAACGCCGUUUCAAAGGUUCUGUGUAUUUAUCGCGUUCUACUGUCCGGGAACACAAUGUGACAGAAAUUUCUGACAGUUCACUCCUUGUAAAGCUUCAACCUCGGAGAAGAGGCACACAAGGUAAUAGUUACUCUGGCUUUUCUUUCAUUAUUCACGGGCGCUUUGUUUGAACCGAAUGAAUCUCGACCGACAACACGAAAUAAGUAUCCGAGAGCGAUAGUUGUGACAAACUGUGUUCAUAAGGAUUUUACCACGACCAUGGGGGUGAUAUCACAAAAAUAAGUGGACUACAGCCGCUUUUAUUCAGCUCUGGUUAGAAGUGUACGGAAAAGAAGAGAAAUAUUGCCAAAGAGGCUCAUCGGUGAUUGAAAAGUAGCCUAAAAUCACGAAUUGUUGUAGCCCAUAGACCUUUCUGUGACAUAUUACUACUACUUUUAGUUCUGUUGGCCAACAAUAUUAACACUGUUUUUAUUUGCAUUUUCUAAACUUAAAAGUUAACAAGACUUACAAAUUUCAUGGACCUGUAGCUGUUUUUUUUCACUUUAUAGAUCUAUGCAACACUGAAUGUUUUGACAAUCCUGUGAGUUAUGUACAAAGUAAACAGUAAUGGGUCUAAAACUGAGCCUCGGGCACCUCUUCAUUUUAAUAAACAAACGGGACAAAAAGAGAGGUAUAAGCUUGUUUACCUGCUUUUUUUUGCAGCUUCUCAGCUAAUAUAUUCUUCAGUAAUGUGAAAAAGAAACAGAGAAGGUUUGAUGUUAUCUUGUACUGUAUGUGCUCUGCUCUGAAUGUAAAUGUCACAUUUUCAUCCCUGUUAUCCAUGACAUAACAGCUGAUAUCCAGUCUGAUUACAUUUUCUCUUCUUCUCUCUCUCACUCCUUCAGUCUGUCAUUAUGGCCUCUUGACGUCAGUGUCUUCGUUCAUCACUAUGAGUGGUGCUGUUCUGGCUGUUGUGGCCAUAUCAGUUUUCUUCUUGUCCCUCUACCUCCUGCAGCGUUAUGGGGAUCUGCGGAAGCAGCAGCCAAUGGUCCUGUUGGGGACUUUGUUGGCUUGGUACCUCUGCUUUCUCAUUGUCUUCAUCCUGCCACUUGAUGUCAGCACGGUAUGACACCACUGCAACAGUUCAAAAUGUGUCAUUUUAUUGCCUUUCCUCUGACGCAGUGUAUUAACAUUCAUGUUGCUAAGAGUAAUUUGUGUAUGUUUAAGGUUCAGAUGUUUUAUUUAUUGCUAUACGUUUUACUGUUUUAUUUACUGAUUCUAUUCUCUCAGGCAUCCUGUCUGAAUCACUGUUAUGUGAUGAAUUGGUGUCACAAUGUGCUCCUCUUUCAGACCAUCUACAAGCAGUGUGUUCUUGACAAUUCAAAGCACCACCCUACGGAUGUAACUCAGACAAGAAACUCCAAUCAGACGGGUGAAGACUUCUCUGUUUACUCAACCGACAGGUGAAUAAGAUAGUGAGAGCUACCUUUAGUAUAGCUUUUACUGAUGCGACUUAUAUUGCAAAAGUAUAAAAUAUGACAUUUGACUCAAGCUUUUAACCUAGUGUUCCAUAGAAAACAACCCUCUGCAAAACACACACCACCUCAAUUCAUGCAUGUUCUUAUUUCUUUCAAUUAUGGGGUUCCAGGGAACCAAAGGCUUGUGAUGAGCCCUGGAGUUACAUCCCAGAUGGUGUCCUACCAGUGUUCUGGAGGGUUGUCUACUGGACCUCUCAGUUCCUUACUUGGUAAGUUCCUAUCAUAUGCUAUGACUGCUGUAUGCCCCCCCCCCCCCCCCUUUGCUAUAAAGAAACUUUGUCAAGUGUCCAUCUUUAUAUUUGUGUAUGUGUUCUUUGUGUGUAUAUAGGUUGCUGUUGCCUUUCAUGCAGUCGUAUGCACGGUCAGGGGCUUUUUCAAGAGCUGGAAAGGCUAAAACAGCUCUGAUUGAAAAUGCUCUCUAUUAUGGCACAUACCUUCUUAUCUUCAUCUCCCUUCUUAUAUACCUGGCCACUCACCCAAAGUGGCAUCUCACAUGGUAAGUUAAACACAAAUGCUUAAAAGUAAAGAAAGAGAGAGACCUGUGGGCUCCAGUUGUCCUUUUUUGAUUUUUGGAUUUUGUCAAUUUUUUUUUUUUUAAUUUGUGCAGGUCAGAGCUUCAGACUAUCGGCAUUACUGCUGCCAACACAUGGGGCCUCUUCCUCCUGGUGCUGUUGCUAGGCUACGGCCUGGUGGAGAUCCCACGUUCUUACUGGCUCUCAUCCUCCCAAGGAUACCUCCUGGCCAAGGCCUAUUUCAAGGCAGCCAAGAUGGCUACUGAGAAGGCAGAGGCCGAGGAGCACCUAGCAAAUGUUAUGGAGGUGAUGUUUUAUACAUUUGAUCAGUUUUCUGCCAUUAGAAUGAGAAGGUGCAAAAAAAGAGAUUAAAGCAGUUGCUUAAGUUGAAACAUUUGUAACAUUAGGUACCAUCGCUUUUUAUUUUACAUUAACAAGAUCAAUAAUAUUUUCUAUAACAAGGAGGUGGCAAGUGUCCAUGGAUCUGUAAGGUACAACCACAAUCUCAGAAAGUGUGUCGACACAAUUUUGACAAAGGUGAGAAAUACAUGGUGUGAAUCAGUCUGUCAAUCAAAUUUGUUCCAACCUAAUUUUUAAAAUCUUUUUUAUGUGUGUGUUAUUUGGUAUUUUACAGUGUAAAUCUGUGCUUAUCUAUAUGACUAUCAUCUCCUUACAGUGUCCUACUGAGUACCAAGAGGAGUUUGGGAGAGAUGUGGAAAGCUCUGGUGAGCAAAAUGUCCUCCCCACUAAUAGAAGCCUGGUUCAGCUUCAUAAAAAAGUAAUUAUUUUAACACAUUUUUGCUGCUAUUGUGACAUAAAAAAGCAAAAUUAUGUUAUUAUGGGUAACCAUCAUAUGCCCUGUUAUGUGUGUGUUUUCCAGGUAAUUUCUUCAGUGCAUAGACACAGACAGGCUCAGGUUCAAUGGUCUAUCUUGCUAGAUCAGGCCCUCCAUUUGGAAGAUGUAGCAAAAAGCCAGAGCAGCCCUGUCCAUCGCUUCACCCAUAGCUUCCCCUCAGCACCACACCACAGCUGGAUCCGCAGGUUCAUCUACACACCUGCAGUGGGUGAGUUCAGCCAGUAGCAAAGUCAAAAUUAAACAGACUUAUACUUGGUUCACAUGUUGGUGGGUCAUUUUGAAAUUGGCAAAGAAAUAAUGAAAAGUUCUCACAAACACAUGUCAGACUAGUGGGUGGUUAUAAUAUGCAAUCAGUCUGUCAAACCAAACACCACAGAAGAACAUUGUGCAUUUGCGUACAUAACAUGUAUAGAGUAGAUUAAAAACUAUUGAGCUCAGUGUUGAAGAACAGCAAGGUCCUCUGUAAACAUGCAAUCAAACCUAGUACCAAGUUACAGCUUCCCAACUCUGUGUGUGUACAUUCCAUAUAAACUGUUGUGGAAAUAAACAAACCGAAGAUGGAAUUUAGAUGUUUGUUUUUUUUCAUGCGAGAUACAUUUUCUGCAGAAAUUCAACUGAGUCGGCACUCUUGCAUGUGUACAAAAGGCCAAACUACAUCGUACAGCUACCUUCACAAAAGUACCUGUCUACAUACGGACUAGUUUCCAGAGUAAUAACAUGUAUUUCAUUACUUAUAUCAAGUACGAAUUAAGAAAGCCAUUAUUUCUGCUUGUAAGGACUUACAUGUUUCUCACAAGAUAUCACAUCAACACACUGAAUGCUUCUUAGUUUACUGCCUCGUAAAAGCUGCUAAAUCUGAAUGUAUUCCAUUCAUUUCUGUCUCAGUUAUGAAUUUCAUUUAUGUUCAGGUGCUAUUAGGGCCUUUGAAAUAAUUAAUAUUUGGGUAACUGUAAUUAGAAACUUGGGCCUCUAAAAAGUUAUAUCAAUCAAUUUGAAAAAGCAAUAAUACCCUACAAUUUGCAUUCAAAUAGACUUAUCAACUUGAGAGUUUAUGUAAAAUUGCUGUUAAUCGACUUCUUCCUGCCAUGUGUUGACUUGUAAACUUAACUGAAAAAUGGUUUUGAUGGCCUCUGUUUAUUUUUUCUCAGAGUGGUACUGGGAGUGUGUGUUCAGACAGAGUUUCUACAAGCUGCUGGCAGUCCUCCUCUGUCUCCUCUCAGCAGCAGUAGUUUGGUCGGAGUGCACCUUCUUCAGCACACACCCUGUUCUUUCUCUCUUCGCUGUCUUUGUUCAGAAGGCUGAAGAACAGUACAACUACAUUUGUAUAGAGGUAGGUAUGUGUUGAGUAAGACAUACAGAAAUACACACCCUGCCAGAGCUGAGCUUUACUACACAGGGACACACUUAAAACACAAGCCUGCUGAAAACAGCAGAGUUCUGACUUGUUACUUAGAAUGUGAACUGUCUAUACAUACAUUUUAUACAUUCACCUCUGGACUGAGAGAGUAAACCAGCCUCCUCUUCUGACUUGUUUUGUUUUCCUCCACCAGAUGGUGUGCUUUGUCAGCAUCCUAUUCCUGUGUGUCUGCAUCUACUCCACUGUGUUCAGGAUUCGAGUUUUCAACUAUUAUCAUUUAGUACCACAUCACCAGACUGAUGCUUACAGCCUGCAGUUUAGUGGCAUGUAUGUUUCAUAAAACAUUUUUUUUUUGUUUUGUUUUAUUGUAUGAGUGUAACAAUAUUCUGAGAUAGAUUUGUGUCUCUCUUUGUUUUAUCUUCUCAGGCUGUUUUGCCGUCUCACUCCUCCUCUGUGCCUGAAUUUUCUAGGCCUGAUUCACAUGGAUUCUGCCAUUUCACACCAGGACAGAAUACAGACAUCUUACACCUCUGUGGGUCCCAAAAAACUUGCUCAGUCAUUCCUUCAUAUUGAAUAAAUAGAAAUACAAACUUAAAUCAACAUAUAUCAUGUUUUAAUAACAAAGUGCUGCCUUUAAGGAGGAAAAGUAAAAAGAUGUGUUCAGAAACAUAUCCAUAGGUGUCAAAACUCUGCAUUUGAACAAAACAGUUUCUUAAUUUCUCUUCUUCUUUUAGAUCAUGGGCUCUAUGCGUCUGCUAUCCUUCAUAUCUGAUGGGUUUUAUAUCUACUAUCCAAUGCUGAUAUUGCUCCUCUGCUUUGCCACUUUUUACAGGUAAGCCAACAAGAACAUAAAGCUUUUAAUUAUUUUAUAUCAACACAUAAAGAUGUACUGUGAUUAAAAAAUAAAAACCAAUAAGGGAUGAUAAAGUGGCCAUAUCAGAUAAUUACAGAUAUUUUGGUAUAACCUAAUAUAAAGUAGAAAUAAGUGUCCACUGAAUGAAACCUCAGUUUAACACUCCAGUGAGUCGCUUUCUCAUAUCACACAUCAAAAAGUCCACAGAACCAGUCAAUGGAAAUACUCACACUCACACACAUAAACUCUCUUACUCAUGGUAGUAGGCUGUUGGGUUCUCAGGGUAAUAUUUGACCCCAAACUAUCUAUGAUGUAAUGACCAAGUCUGUUAAGUUGGUUAGUCUGAUUUCUUCUUAGAUUUUAAAUUAACAUUAAAAAGUAAAAGGUAAUUUUCCUGUUGACUGCGGAUGACAGGAAGUUGAGCAUGCUUUUACUUGAACAUUGUAUUAUCCUUGCUCACAACCAGAUCUCCCUCCACCAUCCCCAGCUGGUACAAAGCUGUAAUGCUAAACUAAUUACUGAGGCGUGAUCCUGUAACCCCUUGGUAUGCUCCUGAUUCUAGUAGAUUUGAGACUGUUUGGUCCAUUUAAAGUCUUCAGAUAGUCUUUCUGUUGAAUAAAUUUCCCCAUUCACAAACUUGGAUAUUUCUAUGUUCUUCAUCUCUAUUAAGAUUUGCAGUGCGGUUUUAGUUUCUCCCAGUACAAGGUUUCUCCAGUCUAUGAUUACUGAAAUCCAAAUUUACUCCUUUUUAGCCUGCAUCUCUCUGACAUGAUCAAUUUAGACAACUCAUGUACACCAUACGAUUUAGUUGGUUAAAUGACAUAUCAGUCAUGCACAAGUCCAAGACAAAAGAAUAUAAUUUGGGAAUCUUUUUUUGGCUUGAUUGAUAUUUUUAUUUAGUAAUUGAAGAAUGUAUUUUUUAAUAGGAUUUGUUGUGUUUGUGUGUGUACCUGUCUCUUGUCUGUCUGUCUGGGUUUCUAGCCUGGGCUCUCGCUGUUUGAACCUCCUAGGCUUCCAUCAGUACAUCACUGACGAUGACUUGACCUCUGACCUGGUGGAUGAAGGAAGGGAACUUAUCAGGAGAGGUAGUUUGGUCACAUAUUCAUAUUAAAUCACUUAAAUGUACAUAUCAGUCUCUUUGAUUAUGGUCUGUUUUUUGUUAAUUUUAUGUUUUAUUAGCCAAAUGAUUGUGCACUCAUGUACUUAGCUUUAGGAAAAAGUGGUUUCACACGCUUUCUAACAAUCUGCACUAUUAUCUUUCUCUUGCAGAGAGAAGGAAGAGACAGAAAACCCAAACUGGAGAAAACCGGAGAUGGGUCAGGAUUAUUUAUCCAAUCAAAUCAUUUCACCCCAAAAUUUACUUUGAAGCCAAUCUGUUGUCUCUCCAUUCCUACUAAUUUGAGUGACUGUGUUAAAGUAUUUAUGGCUCUUUCUCUGUUUCAGGCCUGGAGGGAGCAGUAUGGAGUCAAAGGGAUUCCUGGGCGGACCAAAGCUGGUUACACCGAGAUCAAGGAUAACAGCCAGAGCAGUCCCGUCACACACAGCAAGAAAAGUGGUAUGAAUUAAAGACAGCUACUAUCCUGAUGAAAUGAAAUAUUUUCUGUGAUAUGAGAAGACUGUUCUCACAAGGCCUUUGAGGAAUGCUUUGUAUCAUUCAAAAAGGGAGACCGCUGUCCCUCGCAAGAAACAAAAAAUCAGCUAUUUUAGCAACAAGGUUCCUGUUACAUGUAGAGGCUUGAUAGUGCCUAAGUUCAGGUUUUGUUGCCUCUCUCAUUGCUUCUUUGUGCUUGGAUUGUUUUCUUAAAUUACACAGUGAAAAGGACUAAAGCUAAAGCAAGUUUUCAUGCAUGCAUGGGCAAAUGUCUACACCUAUUCUGCAAAGGAAUUUUUGGGAGGAACCAUUCAGUUGUUCUGUACUCAAAAAAUCUAUCAAAUUUGCCUUCACUGAUAAAAUUGACCUAGGUAUCUUUUUGUUUCACUUCACACUCUCGUGCAAUUUUCAUUUAUAAUUUAUGGGAAAAGGAUUUAUUUUAUUUUACAGAGAGUUUAAUACCAGAAGAUUGAAAAGAAAUGUUAACCUUAUGACCAAAUUGCUUUUUGUCUGUCUUAGCCGUCACAUUUACUGGAAGAGAUAUGGAGACAGAGGAGCAGCAGAGAGGCUUAUUACAAGAUAACUCCAGUGAUGAAGAUUCGCCAAACAGAAGGUGUGUUGUUAAUCAAAAACAAAUAAAUAUAUAACUAAAAUGAAAUAAAAAUGUCAUUUUUUCAGUGGUGCAAAAUAAAACAAAUGCAAACAGGAUAAUUUGAGCUGACUUUCUUAACUAGCCUUCUAAUAAUGUCUCUGUCUUUUACUUUGUAGGUCAACAGGAGGGCGUUAUCUGUCCAUGUCACCAUCUCAAACAAGAAUCUUCGAUGAUGUUUGAUUUAGAGAAUAGAGGGAAAGCAAAACAGCAGGGAACAAAUUUAAGGGAUUGAAAUUGCAUCUUCAAAGUUGUGUAUCCAGUGUCUCAGGUAAAUAAUAGGAAGCACAAUGUAAGUGAUCCCUGUAUUUGCUAUCAUUAAACUGUUAAAAGUAAAAUCAAAGCUCUCGGUGAAUACUGUGCAUUUUGAACUGUAUCUCAGGGGAUUUGGAUGAGGCUGUAAACGGGUUUUAACAGUCAAAAGGCCUUAACCAGUGUGAAGGGCCAAAUGGUGUACAUUUUUGUCUGUUUAAAAUUUGAAUGAUUUAGCAUUACCAUUUGAAGCAGAAUGAAAACACUUUCAUAUAUCCAAAGGGAAGAUGUCUUUGGUCUUUGGAGUGUGGAUAAUCCAUUUUUAAGACUGCGCAUGUAUUUUUUAUGUGUGACUUCCGUGGAAAUGCAUUAAAAUAUGACCAUAUCAACAA